CCAUAUUCUGUACGAAUCGGAAUUGUGUCCGCUCUCUCCGCCACUCUGCAAGGGCGCACACCCGGGUUGCGUGUAGGGAGGCGUACGGCGAGCAAGUAUCCCAGGAUAUUUCGGGUAGACCUAUUGCAACUGCCGAUAUCAUCCAAGCUAGAUCAUAGAAGCGAUGGGGGAUUCCGAGGCUGAAGUGAAUGGUGAUGCACAUUUAUUAAAAGAACACUCCAAAGGCGGCGAGGAAGCGAUGGACGCCGAGGAGGACGUCGGCGACGCCGAAGAGGACGAGGAGGCUGAGGAUGAAGAGGACGAGGAUCCGUUCGCCGACUCGUCCGGGGAGACUCCGUCCAAAGGCGCGGCCGGCGAGCCGAUGGAGACGGAGGAGAACGGCGAGCUGGCGGAGGAAGACGAGGAGGACGGGGACGAGGAGGAGGACGCCGCAUCCGGCGCGGAGGACGGCAACAGGCAGGCGGCGCGCGACGACGGCGACGUGGUGGACGGCGAGCGUGGCAGUGGUGACGAAUCCAAAGAGUCCAGCGGCUCGAAGGCGUCAAACGACUCGAAGGACGCCGUCGACGCCGCCGAUGAGGACGCCGAGCGCGUCAAGGGCGACAAGAACUCGAAAGACGACGCGGAAGCGGAGCCCGACCGCGCCACGGACGACGACACCAAGGGCUCGUCGAACGACGCCGGCAACGACGCGUCGAGCGGCGCCAAGCCGACCGAGGAGCCGAUGGAGGCGGACGAGGCGGCGGCGCUCUCCAGCGACUCGGACAUCGAGGAGAUCGAGCCGCCGGACCCGCUGGCGGGCGACGCGCCGGCCGCGCCGGCCGCCGCCCCCGCCGGCGCCGCGCGCGACGGGGCGCGCGACAACUCGCGCCUGGUGAUCAUCGACACGGAGGCGCUGAUGGCUGGCCGCGCGGCGAGCGGAGCCGUCAGCCGGCCACCGCCGCUGACACGCGCGCCGCCGCCGCCGCAGCCGUCGCACGGACAGCCGGUGCUCAUCAACCCGUCAGUGAUGUCGGCGCUGGCGCAGUACGGCAUUAACACGGCCGGCAUGACCGGCGAGCAGCUGCAGCAGCUGCAGGACUACUACCGCCGCUCGCACGACGACGCCGAGUUUGUGCUGGAGGCGCCUAGCUUUAUCGUGCCGUACGUGAUGGAGAGCCCGCCCGAGGAGACGGUCAAGCAGUUCAUGGCGCGCGUCUCGAAGGCGGCCAAGGUGAACGGCGAGGCGGGCGGCGAGGUGGACGAGGCGAGCAACGAGGCGGACCGCAAGGAGCCGGGCGAGGCCAAGCUGGAGAAGGAGGUGGACUCGAACAAGGAGAACCAGCCGGACAAGGAGGCUGCCGCCAAGCGCGAGGAGGACUUCAGCCAUCUGGGCAAGUGGGCCUACUAUUACCAGGGUCCCGUCGGCCAGCUGCUGCUCGACCAGGGCCGCGGCAUCGUCGAGGAGUUUAUUAAGGAGGACCUGCUGAAGCAGCAGAAGCGCAAGGCGGCGCACGAGAAGGGCGGCGGCAGCGAGGCCACCCGCUUCGCUAUUAAGUCGCUGACGGCCAACUUGGCGGCUUCGCGGCGCAAAAACGCGCCGUUCCGGCUGAAGCUGACCCAGUGCCGCUAUUGCGCGUUCGAGACUGAGUCUGUGCUAGUGAUGGAGCGGCAUCUGGAGAUGCCGCACAUGGUUGGCAGCAUCUACCAGUGCAACUUCUGCGACUUUGAGACUCGCUCGCCGCAGGUGGUGCUCUCGCACAUGGCGGUCGAGCACAGCGUGCAGGGCAGACUGGAGCGCGCGCCUGCCUCUUUCCAGUGUCCACUCUGCCCGUACGAGGACUCGGGUAAAGCCCGCAUGACCCGCCACCUCAACUCCUGCCAGAAGAAGUUUCGCAUCGACAAGAACCAGGGGCUGGACGACUGGGUGCCGCCGGCCAAGGUGCCCAAGAUCCACCGCGGCCGGCCCAACGUGCUCGGCAAGCAGUUCGAGCCGGUGCGCGGCGGCGGGCCCGGCGCCAAGGCCCUGCCGCAGGCGCUGGCGGCGGCGGCGGCGGCGGCCAACGCGCGCAGUCGCGGCCGCCCCAUCGGCUCCUACAAGGAGACGGUGCCGACUAGUGUGCCGCCGCGCGCCCAAUUCAACCGCCAGGCCGCGUUCAUUGCCGCGUCCGCUGGCAUGACGCCCCAGAUGAUCCGGUCUCCGACCGGCCCGCAGAUGAUCAUGCCGCCACACUACCAGAUCGGCAACCAGAUCUACCAGCUGGUCAACAAUCAGCUGGUGCUGGUGAACCCGGCGGCAGCUCGCGCCGCCGGCGGCGGCAGCGGCUCUGGCGUGCACAUCGUCCCCUCAUCGGCGCCGUCCGGCCCGCCUGGGCUCAGCAUACAGGCCACCUCCAGCGCCAAGACGGUGGCGGCCGCCGCGCUGAAGCUGUCGUCCACGCCGAGCAUCAGCAUCACGCCGGUGCCGCGGCCCAGCCUGCCGCCCAGCGUGCCCUCCAUACUGCGCUCGGCCGCCGCCGGCUCCCAGCUCUCCAUUACCAAGGGCACCGUCGGCGGCCGGCCUGACGCCGCCGCCCUCAGCAAGGGCGCCUUCGUCAUCUGCGAGAUCUGCGACGGGUACAUCAAGGACCUGGAGCAGCUCCGCAACCACAUGCAGUGGAUCCAUAAGGUCAAGAUCCAUCCAAAGAUGAUCUAUAACCGGCCGCCGCUCAACUGUCAGAAGUGUCAGCUGCGCUUCUUCACGGACCAGGGCCUGGAGCGCCACCUGCUCGGCUCGCACGGCCUCGUGACGAGCAGCAUGCAGGAGGCGGCCAACAAGGGCCACGACAGCGGCCGCUGUCCAAUCUGCGGCAAGGUCUACCAGUGGAAGCUGUUACAUCACGUGUCCAAGGACCACCAUGUGACGCUGAAGCCGGCCCACCUCUCCUACAAGUGCACCGUCUGCACGGCCACCUUCAGCAUGUACAAGCAGUUCGAGAACCACGUGUACUCGUCGCACUCGGUCGUCGCCAAGAAAAUCAUGGAGUCGUCCGACCGGAAGAAGGCGGCCGCGGCCGCCGCCGCCUCCGGCCAGCCGAUCAAGAUCAACGACGAGAUCACCAUCAUCCCGCACCCCGGCGGCGCGCCGGCCGGACCGCCGCAGGCCGCCUCGACGCCGCAGAAGCGACGGCGCGCGGCGCCGGCGCCCGCCGUCGAGCGCGAGUGUGAGUUGUGCGAGCACCGGGCACUGCCAGCCGCGCUGCUCGAGCACUACCGUCGCGACCACCUGGGGCGACCCGAGGUGGAGUUCACACCGCUGCUGGCCGACCCGGACUGUGCCGAGUUCGUCACGGAGGACGUGCGCCGCCAGCUGCGCGAGCACGCGGCGGCCGCUGCGCGCGGCGAGGUGGAGGUGGAGGUGAGCGACCCCGAGGACGGCGAGGAGGCCAGCGCGCCGGCCGGCGCUGGCUCCGGCGGCUCGGCGCUGAGCAAGCUCAACCGCGAGAUCACCAUCACGCCAAUCGGCGGAGCGUCGCGGCCGCGGCGGACGCCCAGUCUGGUCGAGCUGAGCGACAGUGAGCAGGCGCCGGCCGACACCACGGUCGACCUGGCCGAAGGCGAGGAGGCAGGCUCGGGCGCCGAGUGA